CUGCAUCGAGUUGUAUGGACCUCACAGGCAACUGAGGAAACAAGCAGAAGGAGGCCCACAGCACAAGGCAACGUUCCGCUUUGAAACAAACACCAUUACUAGUCUACCGUAGGAUCUUCCCAAAUCGUUGGAGAAUCAAAUUCACUGCAGUGUUGCCUUUUUCAACACUAACAAGGAAAAAGAGAAAAAGAGAAAAGAGAAAACAGAGCACAAACUGUGCUGUCAGUUUUUUGGACAUGAAACUCUGCAACAAAUAUUAAAGCUGAAAAAAUAAUGCGAACUUUCCUUGUUCAUCAGUCAAUUCCUGCUUGGGUUUCUUCAGCAACCAGAUGGUAAUGGGUAAUGCCAGUGGUAGAGAGGAAGGAGAAGGCUCUUCUUCUGGAGUUAAUAACUUUCAAGAGAAUGAUGAAUCCAUGGCUCCCUCACCUCCCCAUAACCCCUUCUUCACUUCACAAAAUCCUGGGGACACGUUAACAAGACCGGGUGGGGCAAUACAGACUCAAACUCAUGCGUUAUCGCAAAAUAUAGAAUAUAAUGAUAAUGUACAAAAUCAGAACUUGAGACGCAUGAAGAUCUCAUGGACUCAUGGUGGCAGGCAAGUUGCUAUCACAGGAUCAUGGGACAAUUGGCAGACCAGGGAGCCGCUGCAGAAUUUAGGUAACGAAUUCGUUGUCAUAAAGUUGCUUCCAUCAGGUUUCUAUCAGUACCGCUUCAUUAUUGACGGGUGUUGGAGGUGUGCUCCAGACUUGCCAUGGAUCUAUGAUGAUUCGGGGACUGCCUAUAAUGUUUUGGAUUUGCAGGAAUAUGGUUUGGAAUUGCCUGAACGCCUGUCAAAGUUCGAAUCUCCUCCAUCCCCACCUUCAAGCUAUGAUAACAGAUGCUUAAGUGAAAAUGAUUUCAGUAAACCUCCGCCAGAAGUACCACCACAACUACAAGUCCCAUUUUUAAACAGGCCACCCUCCUCUUCAAAUGAUGGUGACCGGCCAUUUUCAAUGCCUCAUUAUUCACAAUUGAACCAUUUGUACAUCCAGAACCAAAUUGGUGGCGAGUAUUUCGCACUCAGUUCUACUCAUAGGUUUCGUAAAAAAUUUGUUACAAUGGUGUUAUACAAGCCAUUGAACAGAGAAAAUCCAUAAUUUUUAUCUUCAUUAUGGGGACUAGAAUAUAAUUUGUAGAUUUGUAAUACUAGUAUAUCACUUGGAAUUCUUAUGAUUCAGUAGGUUGAGAAAGCAGGUCAUGUAGGUCAAUUUGUAAGAGUAAGAUGGUAUGCAAAAUAUACCAUGACUUCAUAUUGGAUAUUGAUAUUACCCUUUCGUCAUUUCUUUUGCA